UCAAGAGCUGCUGGCUGAUUUGAGACAAUGUGAGGGAGCGCAGAGGGAGGAAGGAAGGAGUCCAGGCUUCUGGGGUGUCUAUAUAAAGCCCACCAGCAGCAGCCUCCGCUUGGACAAACACGCACACGCAGAGACACACACACACACGCACAGUCACUCGCAUCUGCGUCUUCCUCGCGCGCGCCAGCCAGCCCGCGCUCCCAGCAGUUCCUCGCCUCGGCUGGCGGAGCCUUUCCUGACCUCCGCCUCGCCUCUCUCCCGCACAUACAAGCCAUCUCUCGCGCCCGGUUGGCCAGCCAGGCAGGCGAGCAGCGCAGGGAAACCGCGGGGCAGAGGCGCGCACACCCCGCCACCAGGUUCAUGUGCGGAGACCAACCUUAUAUGGACUGCCAGUCUCAGCAAUGGCUUGUUUUUUUCGAGGAGGCACCGUUAGCGCGCUGAGCUUAAAGCAGACCCUCAAGUAAACGCACGUUGGCAUUUUUCCUGGAGUUACAAAGUCUUGCGGAAGCCCCGCCAGUUGCCCCCCUUGUGCUCCGCGGCUCUUAGCAGCCAAGCCCGAAAAGCGCAGAUAUUAGAUGCUGAAAGACCGCCGCUGAUUUUUGCCCUCCUCCUCCCACCACCGCCACCCUCCUCCGCCUCCUCCGCCGCUGCCACCGCGUCCCCUCUUUUAUUCCAACCCAACACCCCCCACUUCCUUCUUCUCUCCCCCCACCUUCCCCCCCCCCAACCGGUGUAUGUUUGGCGAAGCAAGAGGAUUGACAAUCUGGUCCUUCAAAGUUUCCUGCCUCAGAUUUGCCCGGAAUAUGUCUCUGACCAACACAAAGACCGGCUUUUCUGUAAAGGACAUCUUGGACUUGCCUGACACCAAUGACGAAGACGGAUCCAUCGCGGAAGGGGGCGACGAAGAGGCGGAGGGGCCGGAACCCCCCAAAAAGCCCGGGGUUUUGGGGACAACCGCCUUGGACUCUGUUCAGACGCUACCUCUGAAGAACCCCUUUUACGACAAUACCGAUAAUCCCUACACGCGUUGGCUCGCCACCACCGAGAGCAUCCAGUAUUCCUUGCACGGCUUGGCAUCCAGCAACUCCCAACAGGACUCGGCGUCCAAAUCUCCGGAGCCUUCGGCGGACGAGUCUCCGGACAACGACAAGGAAACUUCGAGCAACGGCGACUCCGGCAAGAAACGGAAACGGCGGGUGCUUUUCUCCAAGGCGCAGACUUACGAGCUGGAGAGGCGCUUCAGGCAGCAGCGGUACCUGUCGGCGCCCGAGAGGGAGCACCUGGCCAGCCUGAUCCGCCUCACCCCGACGCAGGUGAAGAUCUGGUUCCAGAACCACCGCUACAAGAUGAAGCGGGCCCGGGCCGAGAAAGUUUUCAGAUGGAGCACGGUCCAAGUAUUGGAAGAAAUGCAUUCUCUGGCUUCCUCCUCCAGCAGUGACAAAGAUUGGCUGCCAAUAAAAGUCUUUCCCAAUCUGAUUUAUCUACCCUGCAGUAUCACAGAACACACACUUGAUUUUUUAAAUUUGUGGUCUUUGUCUUUUAUUGUCUAAAUACUUGACAAUUCUGUAUGUUUCUUUUGUUUAAAGAAAAAAAGCCAAAACAAAUUGUUGUAAAAAAUCUAAUGCCCUUUUCUUGUAGAGCAAUGCCUUAGCAGUGAGUAAUGCAUUGCUGUGAUUUGCUCCUUCCCUCUGCAGAAAUUGUGUCCUACUGAAGGUUAAGGAUACUCAUCUGAAAACUCAUCUGUCAUACAGAGAGGUGUUUAUUUGAAAUGUUGCAUAAUGUGACUGUAUCACAUAUUCCUAGUAAAUGAAUUGUUACAUGGCAAUCAUCAAAUCAGGUCCUUGGAAUAAAGAAUCUCACUGAGAAGACAAAAAAUAUUGACAAAAGGUAGCUCACUGUGAAAUAC